UUCCUUGCUUGCUGUUAUGUUCUCAGAGAGGCCAAAUCCAUUUUUUUGGGGGGAGAGCGCCAGCAAACACGUCUCUAGACACACGCCCGAUGGAUAUCGGCCAUUCUCCGGCGAAGGCACUUGUUGUCGAGCGUAUUAUUUCCACUCCCGACUUGACCGACUUUUUUCUUCUUCUUGAGCUUCAAUCUUCGCAACAUGGUAACAUUCUGUGAUCGAUUUAAUUCAGAGCUUUUUCGACAUGACAACAUACGCUCUAGCUCAGUGCUCUUGGGAUGACCCGGAGAUAAUCACUAUAUCCUCAUAUGAUGAUCAACUUAUUGGUACUUUCCCGCUAAACUUUAUCAAACGAGGCGGACUGAACACUUUGGGCAUUUGUUUCGGAUAUCGUCCAUCAGUUAUUAGUGGAUAUCGUUGGAGGCGGUGUUAUCAGGGAAAAAAACGGAAACCCAGUGGUACUGCAAGAAGCACCAUACGCCGGGGAUUUUGUGUUCGUGCCUCAUCAUGAAAGAACCAGCAUCUCCUUUGCACGUGGGCCCGAAUAUUUUGAUAAGGACAUUGCUCCCAACCCAGAUGGGAGCCAGUCUCCCCACCACGCAGACUUGGAGAGGUUCGCAGGCCUGCGGAGGGGAUUCCGCGUAGCUUUGGUCGCUCGGGAUUUCUCCUGCUUGGUCACCGAUGCGCCCUAUGAAAAAUGCACCCCAUGUCAUAUAAUACCUCCGAGUCGACCCGACGUAUACCGCGACAUCCUCUCAAUUACGUACCCUCCUCCAAUGUUCGAUGUCUCGGCCGGCCUUCUUCUGCGGGAUGAUAUUCAUCACGCCUUUAACCGCCUUGAGCUAUCUCUUUACUUCCACGACGGCAUCUAUUAUCUACAUUGCUUUAUCCUGGGACUUGAAGCGGCGCGCGAGCUGCAUGGCAAAGUGCUCAGGUUCGACCACUUUCGUGGCAAAGAACCAGACAAGCCCGAUCCGAGGUUUCUUCGAUGGCAUUAUAACCAAUGCGUCAAGGCUCGUAUCAGGGGUUUUGCUGUUGGGAUGGAGCCACCAAGCACUAGUUCAGCAAUUUAGACAAACACAUCUUCAUAAAGCUCAGUAUCCAAAAGAGCAUGUUUUGGCCGAGGAGCUCACUUAUUAAGGUUUCUUUGCGGAGGCUCUUCUGAUCGGCUCUACAAAAUCGGCGGGGAAACGUGGUCUACUCUUCUGGAGAAAUGUGUGGGAUGACAGAAAGAGGUAGUAGCCUGUCUACCGGCCGCUAGUAUCCCUUGCGGUAGACAGGCAUAUAUUACUGGCUACAUACUGUCUCUCACUCAUAUCUUGACUGGUCGAGGAUGAAUUUGACUGAGAGGACAAACAAUAAUAAUGACAGAGAUAUUUCAGGUUACUUUUCCUGAUCGGCCAACAAUAGUAGAGACUCGGUUUUCUACGUAUCUGCAGGCAAGAUCUUCUAAA